CCUUGAUGUUUCGUUUCGUUUCGUUUUCCUUUGCUUUGCUUUGUACUUUGUACUUUGUACUUCGUACUUCGUUUCGUUUCGUUUACGGGAACAGAGUUGUUGCCCCCCGCAUUUCCAUCGCUUCGAGGAAAAAAAAAAACAACUCAUUCCAGGCACCGAACGCAAAGCGAUCCGCCCAGAGGCCGAUCCAGCUCUCUCCUCUACUUGCACAGCAAUGAUGCAGACCGGUACUUGUGCUCCCAUGGAUGCUUCUUCUCCUCCUCGUCCUCCUUCCCCGCGGCAUCCGGAGAGUCCUUCCGCUGCCCCGGGUCCCGCGGAUAGUCUUGGUUGCGGGAACGAUCGUUCUCCCGACGCCCCGCUGCCGUCGCCGCUSGUUCGUUUCGAGGCGCGGUACUACCUAACCUCGCCGAGGCACCGGUCCCUCUUUGUCCGGCAGCGCUGCUACGUGCACUAUCGGGCYACCUACGGGCGRUGGCCGGCGCCCGGSGCCCGCCGUGGGCUCCCUCCGGCYCGCAACGACGGAGACAACAGCGACGGCGACAACAGCGACGUCUUCCUCGGCCACAACCCCUGGAAGCGGUCGCCGCCGCGGUCGCCCCUGGUGCGCCAGGAUGCCUUUCGAUCCGGUGGGCCCCCCGGAAGCCCGGACUACAGAAGUGCAUACAGAAGUGCAUGCAGAAGUGCACACAGAAGUGCACACAGAAGUGCACCCAGCGAUGCAUACAGCCGCAGCGCCAGCGGGGCCCGCCGCCGGAGGGAUCCCGGGCAAAACGGCCAGAGACGCGACGGCGGCACCCGGCUCUUGGCGGAAGGCGUCCGGAAACAGCCGGCGCUCGGCGCGUGCGGCAGGGCCCGGCUUCGGUUGCCGGCAGGGAAUGCCCUCUCCGGUGUCUCUCCGCUCCGGCACCAAAGCGGCGCGCGUGGUGGCUCGCCGAACGGUCCGCCCGGGGAAGGCCCUGCACAAAAGCGUUGGUUCUUCGAUCCACUCAUAUCCAAAACCUCCGCCAUGAACAACUUUUUGGAAUAGUUGCUCACUUGUCGUCACGCCAAGAAGAAGAAAUCAAUUUCUCACUACACC